CCUUUGUCCCGACAGGCAGUGUGUUCGCCCGGUUUCCUAUGCCCAAACAAAACUUGUCCACCACCCCGAGGCAAUACCGCGCUCCGCCGUGCGUUCACGACCCACGUCAUUCAGGAGAUUCUCACGUUUACCGUGAGAUAACGAAAUAAGGAUGUACAGCUUCAUGGGUGGAGGGCUGUUCUGUGCCGGCAUGGGGAACAUACUCCUCAUGAUCUCCACGGCAACCGACUACUGGAUGCAGUACCGUCACUCCAACAACUAUAUGCACCAGGGCCUCUGGCGAUACUGUGUGCCUGGGAAAUGCAUGACACACACAGAUAGCAUCGCUUACUGGGACGCUACCAGAGCCUUCAUGAUCCUCUCCGUGCUGGCGUGUUUCAUUGGGCUCGUCAUCGGCGUCAUGGCCUUCAUCCACUACUCCUCGUUCGAUGGAUUUGACAAGACCUUCGCAGCUGGUAUCUUCUUCUUCAUCUCAUGCUUCUUUGUACUGCUGGCGAUGGCUGUAUACACAGGGGUCACGGUGAACUACUUUGGGAAACGCUAUGGAAACUGGCGAUUUUCCUGGUCCUACAUUAUGGGCUGGGUGGCCGUGGUACUCACUUUCUUCUCAGGUAUCUUCUACAUGUGUGCCUACCGAAUGCAUGAAUGCCCAAGAAACACCAACUCGCGCUGAGCUGUGCCAAGGCAUUUCACCGUUCCUUCCCUGGUCUUUUAAAUUAUGACUUUAGGAGGAAGCAUUUUGUUCUUGGACACACACGAUUUGCUUUAAUCUAGACGACUUGCAAAUAUGCUAAAUAAAUGAGAA